UUUUUUUUUGGGGGGGAGGGAGGGAGGGAAAGAGGAGGAGACGAAAAUUGCAAUAUGUUCCUCCCCCCCCUCCCCCACAAAGCCCCUUGUCACUUGAACAUUUAUAUACAUUAAUAAAUACACAUAAAAAAAAAUAUUUAUUCUCCCCCCUAUUAUUAUUAUUAUUACUGUUUCUUCAUCUAUUACUCUUUAUAUACAUUUAUAAAAAAAAAAAAAAUAGACAUGUUAAGGAUUAUUAAAAAUAAAAAUAUAGUUCAAUCUACUUUUCAACUUCGAUAUCUUUCAACAGAUUAUUUACCAGGUCGUAAAGGAUAUGCCCCUGGUUUUGAAGCUCCUGAAGGUACAAGAGAAACUCCCAAAGUGAAUCCUAAACGACGUGAUAUUAAACUUUCGCUUACCUCUCAUCUUGAAAACAACGAGAGCAAGAAAAGUGAUAUAUUAACAGAGAGUCCCAAAAAGCUGUAUCGUCGUGAACUUAAACAUACACGUCACCAAUAUGCACAUGAAUUAUUAGAAAAGGAAGGACAAAAGCAAAUGAGAUUAGCUGAAAGAAUAGAAUUAGGAGAAAAGAAAGCAAAAUUAAUUCAAGCAAGUUUAGAAGAAGAAAAAAGGAAACAAGAAGAACAUACGAGAGAGAUCGUUAAUAUGUUAUCAUUAGAUAAAAUUCAACAACAAGUACAAAAGGAAAGAAAUGAGAAAAGAAUUCAAAAUAGAUUAGCGUUUGAGGAAAUGCAUCGUAAUGAAAGACAUAAACAGUUAUCAAAAUUGUAUUCAAAGGUCGAUUCAUUUGUUACACUUGAUAAUUUAGAUGCUAAAGUAAAUGCAGUGUUAAGUCCAGAAGGCAAAUCGUUCCAUGAAGGAUUGGAUGAUUUAAUGCAUAAUAUAAAUACAGUUCAGACUGAAAUUGAACAUAGAAAAGAGCAAAUUAAAGAAGUAAUGGGACUUUAGAAAUAAAUAUUAUAUAAUAAUAAUAAUAAAAA